AUGAACAAAUGGUUUGGGGUUUCUUUGACACCUAGUUUGAGAAUCUGCGAUAGAGAAGAAGAAAAGGAAGAGUUAGAAGAACACAUAGACGACGGAAACUAUGGAGUUACCGAUCAACAUAAAGCUCGCAUGCCUCUCCGUUCCGAUGGUUCUCUCUUCUUCACCGAUCCUCUCACACAUCAUUCUCCUCCUGUAUGGAGAUAUGAUGAUAUUAACGUUGAUCAUCAUCACCACGACGAAGAAGUUCUAAAGCCGGAAGAUUUCUUCUCCAAUAGUACUCAUCAAGCCGAUCAGUGUCUUAUUCCUAUAAACCAUAACCAAACUAAUGUCAAUUGCACCAAUAUGGUUAACAGAUUAAACCCACUAGGUUACCUUCUCCACGAGCAAACCGUAGUUACACCACAAUACACGAACCUAAAUCCGAACCUAAGUCAUGAUUAUGGAGCGGUUUCGGUUUUUAGAUCUUGGUCAAGCCAAAGCACUCCAACAUUUCCACUGUCGAAUAGUACUUAUGUCGCUGAAGAGGGUGGUACGAGCAACACUAGUCAUUUUAGUAACGAAGAGACUGAUUAUAACACCAAUGGCUCGAUGCUAUCAUUGGCUAUGACUAUGAGUCAUGGCGUUGGUUCUGAAAUAAACAACGAAUCGAUUAAUGUAUCUGUACCGGUUAAGGUAGAUGAGAAGUCGAAGAGAUUGAUCGGUAAAUCUCAUCAGGUUAAAGAAUCGGUUCCUCGGAAAUCCGUUGAUAGUUUCGGACAGAGAACUUCUCGGUAUCGUGGAGUUACAAGACAUAGAUGGACAGGGAGAUAUGAAGCUCACUUAUGGGACAGUAGCUGUAAGAAAGAAGGACAGACCAGGAAAGGGAAACAAGGAGGGUAUGAUGAAGAUGAGAAAGCCGCGAGAGCUUAUGAUUUAGCGGCAGUGAAGUAUUGGGGUCCCACCACUCACUUAAAUUUCCCUUCGAGUAAUUACGAGAAGGAGAUGGAGGAACUAAAAAACAUGACUAGGCAAGAAUUUGUUGCCAUGUUGAGGAGGAACAGCAGUGGAUUUUCGAGGGGAGCUUCGGUUUACAGAGGAGUCACAAGGCACCAUCAACAUGGAAGAUGGCAAGCUAGAAUUGGAAGAGUUGCUGGAAACAAGGACUUGUACCUUGGCACAUUUAGCACGCAAGAAGAAGCAGCGGAAGCGUAUGACAUCGCAGCAAUAAAAUUCAGGGGGCUAAACGCUAUUACCAAUUUCGAUAUAAGCAGAUACGACGUGAAGAAAAUAUGUUCUAACUCUGCGAUCAUCAAUAGUGACCACUCCAAAUGA